GAAAAGAGUUCUCAUUUGUGAAUUUCCAGAAGUAAGAAGACACCUGAAACAGGUGGAACUAGGGCAAGCAAUUUACUGUACGCUGUAGGAACGUGAAUAUACAUAUAAGAAAUAAAUUUAGGUCAGCCAAGGUACAUACCUAAAACAGUAAAUAUGGCUGCAAAUUUGGAUGAAGAACAGAGCCUGCGUGAGUGCGAAGCUUAUGUUCAGAGACAUAAUAUUCAACAAGUUUUGAAAGAUUGUAUUGUGCAGCUGUGUGUGAGCAGACCUGAGAAUCCAAUUUCAUUCCUGAGAGAGUACUUCCAAAAGUUAGAAAGGGAGCAGGCCCAUGAUGCGAAGCAGCAGGCGGUAUCACCAGAGGACACUGAAGAUCUGUCCCCGCUCCCGUCAGCAGUACAACAGCCUGCAAGAAGGCGAGGUGGAAUAUCUGCAGAACCUGUGUCAGAGGAGGAUGCUACCAGCUAUGUGAAAAAGGUUGUUCCAAAAGACUAUAAAACGAUGGCUGCAUUGUCUAAAGCUAUUGCCAAAAACGUUUUGUUUUCACAUCUGGACGAGAAUGAGCGCUCUGAUAUAUUUGACGCUAUGUUUCCGGUCAACUUCUUGCCUGGCGAGACAAUAAUCCAACAGGGAGAUGAGGGAGAUAACUUCUAUGUCAUUGACCAAGGAGAAGUUGAGGUGUUUGUUAACAAUGAGUUGGUGACAACUAUUGGAGAGGGUGGCAGUUUUGGUGAACUUGCACUGAUCUAUGGAACGCCCAGAGCUGCCACUGUAAGAGCCAAGACAGACGUAAAGCUCUGGGGAAUAGACCGUGAUUCAUAUAGACGCAUCCUCAUGGGCUCCACUAUCCGUAAGCGCAAGAUGUAUGAAGAGUUCCUCUCUCGUGUAUCUAUACUUGAGAGUCUGGAUAAGUGGGAGCGUCUGACAGUUGCUGAUGCAUUGGAGCCAGUGUCAUUUGAGGACCGGGAAACCAUUGUGCGGCAGGGAGAACCCGGAGAUGACUUCUACAUCAUUGUUGAGGGCACUGCCUUAGUAUUGCAAUAUAGAGCAGAAGGGGAAGAACCCAUGGAAGUUGGUCGACUUGGGCCAUCUGAUUAUUUUGGUGAAAUUGCCCUGCUGCUGGACAGACCACGGGCGGCUACAGUUGUUGCCAAAGGGCCCCUCAAAUGUGUCAAAUUGGAUAGAGCAAGAUUUGAGAGAGUGCUGGGCCUGUGUGCAGACAUCCUCAAGAGAAACAUCACACAAUACAACAGCUUUGUGUCCCUUUCUGUGUAAUGAGGGCAAGGUACCAUGAUAACUGUCUAGUGUAACUUUUUUAGCUUGUAACAUCUUGUGGCUAUAUUCAGGGGAGCAAGUAAGACCUUCUUCAUACAAAAAACAGAAAAUGUAUGAAAUGCAUUAACAGAGUCAGCAUUUGUCCAUGAAUGUACAAUUUUUCAUCCUGUCAUUAAAUUGAUAUGGUGUAAAAUGAAGAUAAGUUUCAAGUGUACAAGUAUUAUGUUUCUGAACAUUAUCCAUCAUCCUAUCUAUAUAUAAAAUACUGUCCUACUUACAUUUCAAGAAACACCGUUUUGGAAACUGGAUUCUGUCUCUGUCUUCAAGUAAAACCUAUUCAGUUGGUCCCAAUCAAUAGAGCUGGUCUCUAUCCGUAUCCGUAUCGAUUGGCCCCAGUUGAGUAGGUUUUACCUGAACACAGAGAGAGAUUCCAGUCCCCAAAACAUUGUGUUUUGAAAUAUAAACAGGACAGUGUUUCAGAUAAAAACAGGACAGUGGAUAAUGUCCAGAAAUUUAAUAUUUGCAUUAAUGUACCAUCAUCACAUACUUUUAGAUAUUAAGUUACAAGCGAUUUAAAACCUUUUUGGAGCCUGGAGGUCCACAUGUAAGGAAGUUCAUAGUUCCUUUGUCUGAAAACGAAAGCUCUUUUUGUUCUCUUGUGGUAGCUCUGUAAAGAGAUGGGCUUUUCCUGACAUUGGCACCUGGUAGGCUGUGCAGACAGCUGUAUGGGUGGGUUGGCAAGGCAUAACCUGACAUCUGUGGAGAGAUGCAAGUAAUAGUAUAGUAAAAAAGUUGCUGGGAAACAUGCCCAAGAAAACUGAUUAAAAGUAUUUCGUUAUGUAUAGGUUUGUAAUCGUGUCUUCAGACUGCCACUUCCAGAUGUCACAGGAAAUUAGUGCAUGCUAUUGUAUUUGAAUAUUUUUCAAGAAGGGGGAAAUGCAGUACCAUAGUUGAUUGAGGCAUUAUGCUGCAAGCUGGAAGGAAGCUGGAAUUAAAUUAGUUUGCAGAUUAUAAGGACAAAAAAAACGGAAAAAACAGUCACAGUCGACAGACAAGAUAAAUACCAAUUAUUAAGGAAAGGUUAGGAUAAAGGAAGUGGGAAGAAAAUUACAUACUCAACGAAGAAUUUUAAUCAACACAAGAACAACCAGAUGCCAUGUUGUCACCUCAAAGUGAAUGGCACACCUAUGCUUCUUGUAGCUCUCUGUCGUGAUAAAAUAGUGCUACGAAUAAAAAUAGAACAGGAAAAUAUGUUGAUUUUAAUGCAGACAGUCUUGGUGGCAUUUUGGUAUACUUUUCCUUUUCCACAGCCAGUGUUACUUCGUUUAAUUCUUGUAUUUCCUCGUGUUUCCAUCUGCCAACAACCAGACGCCAUGUUGUCAUCUCAAAGUGAAUGGCUACUAUGCUUCUUGUAUGUCUUUGUCAUGAUGAAAUAAUGCUAGGAAUAAAAAUAAAAUGGGAAAAUGUUGAAUUUUAAUGCAGAUGACCUUGGUGGCAUUUCAGUACUCUUUUCCACAGCCAGUGUUACUUCGUUUAAUUGUUGUAUUUCUUCCACUACCGCCUUACCGUGUGUGUUAUGCAUUUAUUUAUAACAACAGGAUAUAUACACAUUACAGUUACCUCUCAAUAAGAUUUUUUGGAGAAUGAUUUAAGUUUGUUCUCCAUUCAAGAAUCAAUAUCUUCAGCAAGUCUAGAACCCUUGCUCUGGUGAAAUGUUCUCUUUCAAAAAUACACAGAGGCGAAGAAAAUUAUACUAAAGCAUCGCUACUUUUCCAGUUAGAUUUGUUAUUGUUUAGUCAAUAUUCUGCAAAACAUCUGCAGAUUUGUAAAAAUGCAACUCUUUUACAUUAAUAAGCAGAAGUAAUCUCACAACUAUUAUUAUAACAAUACUAAUCCUAGGAUAUGUAAUCAGACCAGCUCAUGGUUUAGGGAGAUGAAGUUGAUAGGUGACCACUCUGGGAAGGAUAAGUAGUGUUUGGCAAUAGGCAGGGAUACUACUGAGUGAAAGGAGUUCUAGGUCACAACUGGUAUGUCUUGAAUUUCAAGCUUCACAGAAAUUAUUUUCAUGA